CUACUACUGACAUUUCUUUAUCAUAAUGGAAGAGGUUCCGCAGGGAAGGCUUGAACUUCGGGUUGGAAAUAAAUCUCUGUUUGUUAAAAUAGCAGUAAUGAUCAAAGAAUGKUUCGGAGAAUUAUUAUUCUCAGAAAAAGCCCUGAAGAUARUUUCUUGUGCGAUGCAUGGGAUUCCUUUGGACGGAGGUUCAGGUAACCAGCCUGGAUUCAAAUGGUAUCACUAUUUGGCGACGUCUUUAUUCCUUCUGUUCSUCUGGUUUKCCUUUUCCUUUGAGAUGUACUGCACAAAGGUAUACUGGAUGAGCGACCAUYACCUAAAAAUUCCUYUAGAAACCCUAUUACUGCACAUACCUCUGACUAUCUCCAUGGCAACGUCUUUCACAUUGAUCGUGUGGUAUUUCUACAGUACAAGCAAUGAAUUUAAGCAUCCUCUUACGAGACUAGUGCCUCAUUUUGAUUUCAUGCCUACUGGACAACAAAUAAACGUUGGUCCAACCCGCAWUGAUUGGAARUACUGUAACAUUCUUUUUCUUGUGGGAAUUCUCAGUGUGGUGUUUGUUUUUUUCUGCUCCUUUAAGCUGGGAGUGUUUUUCGACUUCACCGGCUUACAUAAAUUCACCGCAAACAUUCACGGGUGGAAAAAGAUUGUGUAUUACACUACAAUAGCAUUUAUAUACACUGGUUUUAUCGGGGUAGUUGUUGCAUGCUGCAUUUUCUAUAUGUGCUGUCGAGAUAUCGUGCGGCAUAUUGAAUAUACCGAGGAGUUGAUCUUGAUGUAUCGCAGGAUAAACAGACAGUGGCGUCCAGUUGUAUUGUCUGAGGUUGAUGCAUUUAUGAAUUACGCUAUUCGUUGCGAGGCAGGCUUUACCUUGUUUGGAAUAAGGCUGACGGAGGAAUUGGCUGUGAUCUCACUUCUGUCAUGUUUCCUUCAAUUUUUUAACAUAUAUAAAAAGGUGGCUUAAACAGUGAAAUGACGAGUUCAUAGUUUGACUUUCUAUAAGUCCCAUAAUGCAUUGCGCAUCAAGAACGAUCCAAGAUGUCGUAAUAUGCCUUCUGUUUCGUUAUCGUUAGUUCACAACUUGCUGUAACGCAUCAUCGGAUCCUUUCGUGAGUUGGCGGGCAGACCUCGUGGCUCGGUUUUAAAAUCCCAUGAUGCAUUUUGCACUAAGACGUAUUCAAUGUAUGACGUAAACCAGUGUAUGACGUUACUCUUUUGAAGAUAGUAAUGUUGAAGUUUUAAAAUGCAUGCAUCAUCAUAUACCAGUAUACAUAAAGCGGAAAAACACGUCGGUUUUAACUCGUGGAUACGCUAGGCGCAACCCGCCCUCUCGUCCACUCGCGAUCUCAGAGCACAGGGAGCCCAAUCUCUGAAAAGUACGAGUAGUAUCUUUGAUUAUUAUUUGUAUGUAUAAAUCAGAUAUAAUAAAAUAAAUAUUUCUUGUGGUUAAUGUUGUAGUAUUGUAUAGUCUUCGACUAUUUAAUAACAAAACGGCCACAAAAAAUAAACUUGAAGCUGAACAUUGCGCCUGCUCUAUUGCCAGCCAGCGGAGGGCAGGAAGCCGAAAAUAAAGGUGUCAUAGCUUGGGUUUCCUGUGGUGAACAGUUUUAACUUCCUGUUCGCUCUCAUGUUAUGAAUCAGUUUCAACUUCAACUUGAAAAGYGAAAAAUUAUUUCCUUCUAUAUUUGAAUUUUCGUUAAACAAUGGCAGAAAUUCUAACAUCAGAGACAAUCCUAAAAGUCGUUUUACGUACAAUAUUUGGAAUACCAAUAGCACAAACCCCUAGAAACCAACUCAGAUAUGGGAUAUUUCACAACUUGUUAUCUGCACUUCUACUUACAAGUAUAUGGGGUGCCUUUUGUUAUGAUAUGUACUGUGUAAAGACUUACUGGCGAAGUUCCCUUAGACCACAUAUUCCGAUAGAAACACUCUUGCUUCUUAUACCACUUAAUCUUUCUGGUGCAGUAACCUAUACCCUCAUGGUGUGGUUCUUCUAUAGCAACGAUUUCCAGCAUUCGCACACAAGACUAGUAGUGCCACACUUUGAUUUUAUGCCUGAAGGACAUCAGGAAGAUAUUGGGCCAACAAGAAAUGACUGGAAGUAUGUCAACAUCUUUCUUCUCUUUGGAGUCAUCAUAGUCAUUCUGGUUUUGGUCUUUGCUUUUGUCUUUAAUGUAUUUUUUGACUUUGAUGGCAUUCAUAACUUUACAAUUCAUAUCCAUGACUUGAAGAGAGAUUUGUACUAUUUUGAUAUUGCAGUUAUUUACUGGGGAUUCGCUGGAUCUGUUGUCGCCUGCUGUAUUUUUUUCAUCUGCUGCAGAGAUAUUGUACGACACAUAGAAUUUACAAAGACUCUCAUAGUUACAAAAGCAAAAAAUUACCUAACUGCUAGACAUUACCAUGAAUGUCUGCUAAGAUAUUCAGAUGAUGUAAUGAAUACAACUAAACUGUGGUUUGUGGUCCAUAGUUUAUUUUUCGUAUUUAUUGUGCUGACUGAUGUCUUUGUAUGGAUCAUGGCAUUUUCAGAGAUUAGACAUCAACCUCAUAACUUGAUACCUAUCUUGAUGGGACAAGUUGYAGGUUCCUCAUUAAUAGCUUUCAAGUUUGCAUUCCCCUUCCUGGCUGCYAGUCGUGUGACAGCUCGGUAUGACAGAAUGUAUCGCAGGAUAAACAGACAGUGGCGUCCAGAUAAUUUAUCCGAGGUUGAUGCAUUCAUGAGUUAUGCUAUUCGAUGUGAGGCAGGCUUUACCUUGUUUGGAAUAAAGUUAACAGCUGAAUUGGCUCUGAUUUCACUGCUGUCGUKUUKCCUUGGGUUUUGCAGAAURUUCAAAAACGUUGCUUGAGCACUUUGUCUGGGACCUUUAAGGAUUCAACUGGGCAAAAUUUUGAGAUGUAUACUUGGUUAACAUUAAAGUUAACUUCUGAUA